AUGUCUACGUUUAUUGGUGCAAUCUUACCCUUUGCUUGUUUGAAAAAUCAAGUACAUCGCUUCGACAUUUCAUAUCUAGACAUCAAAACGUCACAAUUGCUUGUGCAAAAUCGUCGUAGAAAUAAAGAACGAGUGAAGACAAUCAACGAUGCAUUUCUUUGUCAAUGUUUUCCUAGUCUAUUCGAAACAACAUCUACCAUCGUCCGAUAA